AUGUUGAUUUCACAUUUGUCGCUGAGGCUUGAGAUUGCUGAAGAGAUACCAGAGCUGAAAUAUUUGCGGCCAUAUGUUGCCAAGAUUUUGGAAGGUCGCCAAUCGAGUGUAACAAAGUCCUACGCUUCUGUGGCCAGGGGCUCAACAUCCCAGCGUGAGGUCAAAGUCUCACGCUCUUCUUCUUUUAAAGAACUGGGAAGGGGGGAGAAGUAUCAGCCACACAGAGAGAGAGUCUUAAGUCUUGGUGAGACACAGUCUCACAGCUUCCAUCAGGCAGACCAUUUAGAAUCAGACACUAGACAGAAAGAGGUGUUAGCUAGUCUAGCGUGCAGAGGUCGGCGUGAGUUCAAGGAUAUUCACAUAGAGCUUAUUGAUGAACAGGCUUUAAGAAAACUGCUAAUGGCAUCCAGUUCAGAAAAACAGUUCCAUAUGAGGCAAGGGGAGGAACCCUCAACGAGCCAGGCUGGCUACCAUUCCAGUAUCCAGCAGGAGCAGUAUUCAGGGGAGCCAGGUGAUCACAAGCUUCAUGAGGCACCAUCUAAUCUUGAUGGACGGCCAUCUGCAUCUCAGGCAGUGUCAGCCAAUCACAUCUCAACAGUUCGACUGAAGAGUCAUAGCCCGACUUUGAAAGCUCCAACCACCAUCAGCUUCUACAGCGGGAACCCCUGUGUUGAGCUGACUAAAGGCCUGCUUCAUAUCUACAAAGACAGCCAGAUGACAACACUGGAGAAGGAUGUGGCUCGCAGUGAGAUGCUGUGUAUGCUGGGUGUUCCUGCCUCGUACACUGUUCAUGACUUGAUCAAGUUCAUCGCACCCAUGGGAGACUGUGUGUCCUACAUGCAAGUGUUGAGAGAUGCUUUCCCUAACCAGUACAUGUUGCUGAUUAAAUUCAGAGAUCAGACAUCAGCUGACGACUUCUACUCAUACUUCAACAAUCGGCCAUUCAACUCCAUCGAGCCUGAUAUCUGUCACCUGGCUUACGUUGCCAAGAUCGAAGUCAUUAAUGAAUCUGAGGGGGGAAGUCUACCUCUUUUUGGUAUGACAGAAUUGCCAAAUUGUCCAGUUUGCUUGGAAAGGAUGGAAGAAUCAGCAGAUGGCAUCCUCACAGUGCUGUGUAACCAUGCAUUUCACACACACUGUCUGGCUCAAUGGGAAGAUACCAGUUGUCCUGUGUGUAGAUACUGCCAGACGCCAGAAGAAGUGGCAGACCAAAAGUGCAUGCAGUGUGGUUCACAUGAGAGUCUGUGGAUUUGUUUGAUCUGCGGCAAUGUCGGGUGCGGACGCUAUGUGGGGCUGCAUGCCUACAAGCAUUUCCAAGACACCAACCACACGUACGCGAUGCAGCUGGGAACCAACAGAGUGUGGGACUACGCUGGCGACAACUAUGUUCACCGAUUGGCCCAGAACAAAUCUGAUGGCAAGCUAGUCGAGGUUGAUGAGGGAGGGAAUGAAGUUCAGGAGGAAAAACUGGAUUCCAUUACUCUAGAGUACACAUACCUGCUGACGACUCAGCUGGAAUCCCAAAGGCUGUACUUCAUGGAGCAGAUUUCCCUGGCUGUCAAGGAUGUGGAGGCGAAGCUGGAGGAGUCUACGGCACGCUGGGAGAAUGAGAGACAGGAGCGGGAGCGGACUGAGUGUAGACUGUCGGAGAUCAGCAAAGAGAAACAGAGUUUGGAGAAGAAGUGUAAUCAGCUUCAUUCCCGUGCCACUAGUGUACUGGCAGAACUGCAAGAGGAGCGGCAGAUGAACAUUUGUUUGAGAGAUAACCAGCAGCAUUGGCAGACAAGAGUCACUGCCCUUGAGGGGAAGCUAAAGGAUCUGACAGAGAAGAAGGAUCAGGAAAUUACAGAACUGAAGGAGCAGUUACGAGAUGUUAUGUUUUACUUGGAAGCCCAACAAAAGCUGGCCAACAGCACUGGUGUGUCUCAGGAAGAAAUACAAGGGGGUCAGGUCAUCGUGGGUGCAGCAGCCGCACCAUCACAUUCUGGCAAGAAGUCCCGCAAGAAGAGAUGA